AUGCAAGUUAGCACCGAGCAAAAGAAGGCCAUACGGGUCCUGAUUGAUGGCGUUGAAAAGUGGUAUGCUGAGUGGCAUAAAUGGAGACCACGUAAUAUUGGUCUGUUGUGCAACCUCACGGAACUAAACUUUGCGGGAGCCGGACUAAAGGUCCUGCCCGAUCGCGGAAUCCUUGGCGCAUUGCCCUGCCUGCAACGUCUGAACCUUCAGGAUAACCUUAUUAAUUCUCUGAAUAAAGCUCUGUGGCACUGUGAUCACUUGGUGGAGCUGCGUGUUGACCGAAACCAACUGCACUCAGUAAAGGGGGAACUCCAGAACAUUCAUUGUUUGAGGGUAUUGACAAUGGCGGGCAACAAUAUCUACAAUCUUCCGGUAAGUUUGAUGCUUUCGUAA